CAGAAGACCAAGCAUCAUCGUUGAGUCACCUCAAGGCGACAUUGGGAACGGAAGCCAGAGGGCCGUGCAGCCACUUACACCCUACCUGUCAGCAGGCCCUACGAAGGGAAGGGCCUGGCCUCUGCAUCCCCACAGCUAUGGACUGACAAGUGCUGCAUGCCGAGGCACUCUCUCUCCAGAGCUGCAGAGUGUGUGGCUUUCACCAUGCUUGCACCAGGCAGUGGCCCAGAGCAGAGGAGCAAGCUUGCCCUGCAGUGGAGGCAGGUCUCCUGGAUAACCUGCUGGAUCGCCCUGUGUGCUGUGGAGGUGCUCCCUGCCUGCCCUUUCUCCUGCACCUGUGACAGUCGCAGCUUGGAGGUGGACUGCAGUGGCCUGGGCCUCACCACUGUGCCCCCGGAUGUGCCCGCUGCCACCCAAAGCCUUUUGCUCCUGAACAAUAAACUGAGUGCCCUGCCAAGCUGGGCCUUCGCCAACCUGUCCAACCUGCAGCGGCUGGAUCUGUCCAACAACUUCCUGGACCAGCUCCCCAGGUCCAUUUUUGAGGACCUGGUCAAUCUGACGGAGCUGCAGCUGAGAAACAACAGCAUCAGGACCCUGGACAGGGACCUGCUCCAGCAUGCCCCACUGCUUCGCCACCUGGAUUUGUCCAUCAAUGGCUUGGCUCAGCUGCCCCAAGGGAUAUUUGAUGGGCUCCUGGCUCUGAGAUCCCUGUCCCUUCGCUCCAAUCGCCUACAGAGCCUGGAUCGGCUGACGUUUGAGCCCCUGGCAAGCCUGCAACUGCUUCAGGUCGGGGACAACCCAUGGGAGUGUGACUGUAACCUGCGGGAGUUCAAACACUGGCUGGAGUGGUUCUCCUACAGAGGGGGGCGCCUGGACCAGCUUGCCUGCACCCUACCCAAGGAGCUAAGGGGGAAGGACAUGCGUGCAGUGCCCAUGGAGAUGUUUAACUACUGUUCCCAGCUGGAGGAUGAGAACAACUCUGCUGGGCUGGAUGCCCCAGGGCCGCCUUGCACCAAGGCCAGCCCAGAGCCUCCUAAACCCAAGCCUGGCGCUGAACCUGAGCCUGAGCCCAGCACUGCCUGCCCUCAGAAGCAGAGGUACCGGCCCGUGAGUGUGCGGCGAGCCAUCGGCACAGUGAUCAUCGCGGGUGUCGUGUGUGGCAUUGUCUGCAUUAUGAUGGUGGUGGCUGCAGCUUAUGGCUGCAUCUAUGCCUCCCUCAUGGCCAAGUACCACCGGGAGCUCAAGAAGCGCCAGCCGCUGAUGGGGGACCCCGAGGGCGAGCGUGAAGACCAAAAGCAGAUAUCUUCUGUGGCAUGAAAGCUGUCUGUCUGGCCCAGGUAGGACAGCAAGGAGAUUCCGUGGGACUGCUACCAAAAGGGCUGCCCUUCCCCCCACCACAGGUCCCGGUCUCAGCCUGACACUGGUACCACCUCCCUCAGCUUCCAGGUCUUCAUCUGCCUCAAGUAAGGCAGCCUCCCCAGUUCCUUUCCAAGUUUCCCAGAAGCUUCCUUGGGCCAAAGAUCCCCGUGGAAGGCCCUCUCUAGGCCUCUUGUCUUUGGAACACUUGCACCUUCCUGUAGGCUUCUGGCCACGGGGAGGAAGGAACCUAUACCAGAGGCACCUCCUGCACUGAGCGA